AUGAAUCCACGAUUGCGUUUAGAUACCUCUGGUAUUGGGGUCAACCAGCGAUACUCAUUUGUACAGACACCAGUUGAAUUGAGUCCUCCGAGUCAACCAGGAUCCCGACUGCCGUCUCCUCCAACCGCGAGGAGUACCUGGUCAACCCAUCGCCCACCUCCAAUCGAUAUCGAAAAGGCACAGCAUCUUCCGCAAAACCCGAGCAAUGUUUAUGCCCCGGAUCUGCAGCAACACCCUGCCAACUAUGCCCCCUUUGCCGAACCAGUGCCUCAGCAGCCUGCGACAAGGCUUCCGAACUCGCCGGAGCUUCUACCAGCGAAGAUAGACUAUAGCACUCAUGGCAGCGCUCAAGACCACGAGAAUAGCCAGGAUAAAUUAUCAAUCGUGCCCGACGCGAAUCCCCUACAGUCACCAAAGAUCCCGUACUUCCCUCCCCCAGCCACCACACCUGUGCCUCAAGUGCCGACAGGGAAUGACCUUGCAACGUAUCAUCGACCGGGGCAAAUAUCACAUCCAAACCAGGAAAUACGAGGUGGGGGAUGGACCCAUGGGUUAUGUGAUUGUUCCUCGAGCAUUGGAACUUGCUGUCUAGGUCUUGUGUGCCCGUGUAUUCUGUAUGGAAAGACCCAGCAUCGCCUAUCGAUGAGAUCGAAAAAGGAAGACCCGACGAAUAUGCUCGGGUAUGAAACCUGUAAUGGAUCCUGCACUGCUAUGGCUCUGUUAUGUGGCUGUCAAUGUGAGCACUCAUCAUCAAGAGAUCUUCUUCAGAAACUAAUACUCGCAGGGCUUUUGGCAACCAUCCAGCACACUCGGAUUCGAAGAGCAUACGCCAUCCAAGGUAGUAUCGCGUCAGACUGUGUUCGAGCGACCUGCUGCACGUGCUGUACCCUCAUCCAAGAUGAAAAGGAGAUCAGGAAGCGAGAGGAAGAGCGCGCAAAGGCUGCUAGAGCCUCCGGAGCUGCGCUGGUAUCUCCGUACCUCGCACCAGUCCCAAUGUCGUACGGCCCACUACAGAGGUAA